CUGUUCCUUCAUUGAGCUUGUGUUUGUUGACGUUGCCAGUGGAAAUCAUCAUGGGAACACCAGUGCCUGUGCUUCGACUGCCAAAAGGCCCAGAACCCAACAGCAGAGGAUUUGACCCUUCGUCGCCCCGCUUCAUCGCUCUGUGUCGUCCCUCCAUUCCCGCCUCCGCAGAGUCACAGACGGAUGCCGAUGAGCUGCAGAGAGAGCAGCACGCACGGUCUGUGCUGAGGGAACGUUUUCUCAGGUGUCUCCUGUCCACGGCCAACAGGAAGGUUCAGUUCCACAUGCACGAGAAGGUGAAGGUGGAGGCCACUUUCGGCACGUCUGACAUCGAUGUGCUCAACUUCCAGGUGUCAGACCUGCAAACUCCCAUCGGCGUGCAAAAAGAGGCACUGAUCAGGUGUCAGGAUGUCAUCUCAUACACCUUUCAGCUGUGAACAUGUUUGUUUGUCUUUUGUUUUUUGAUUUUUUUUUUUUUUUUUUUUUCUUAAAAUGAAGAUUAUAGCCAAUGGCUCCUGAAGUGUUUUGAGUUUUCU